GUUGUCAGAAUAAACACUGCAGCGAAGCAAAACUGCCUUCUCCUGUUUAGAUUGCCUGGACUUUCCAGCUUAUGUGAUCUGACGCCUGUUGUUAUAGCUGAGCUCUGAACAGUGACUGGAUGUUUGCUCAACGGACUGAGGAAACUGGAUGCAGCUUUCCAUGUGGAGCCGUAAGCGACCUCUGUUGCGUGAAUAUGAACGCGAGGCUUCGCCGUGCGCGAAGAAACCAGUGACGGGGCUCAGCGCUCCGCUGGGCGGAUGGGAGGCCGACGGGUCAGAGGGCGCUGCACACGUCAGACCCAGCAGGAGCUGGGGUCACUCCUGCCCCGAUGCCUGUUGGAACCAACAGGCCGCACACGUGGAAAACACCCGGCACCACUUACAGCAACUAUCAUCAUGGGCUGAUACUCAAUACUCCGUGAACAAAGUUCUGGAGCUCUUCAAGUCGGGACAAGCUCCCAGCCACAUUUUUCUCCCCGAUUCAGUAAACGAGAAAUUUCGGGCGUUUCACCGCGACAUCCAACAGGAAUGUGGCGCGGAGGACAAGCAGCACUCGUGGGCCGUCAUCGAGAAGCGGGAGGAGGUCAUCAUGUACGGGCCCUACUUCCCCAACUACAGCAGCGGAGAGCACAGCGAGGACACGGUCAUCGGACAGACGCAGGAGCUGCUGGAAUCGGGGGCGGCGUCGGACUGGAAGGUGUACGUGUUCACCGUGAACAGCCCCUGUUUGGCCCGGAGCACCGCCCCGUGCAUGCUGAACCUGGUGUACAAGGCUCUGGAGUGGCGGCACCUGUACGGCGUGAAGACCCACGUUGGUUAUGUGAGAUGCUGGGGCUUCAAAGGGAACAAAGAGACCGCGUUCCGUGACGUGACCUACCAGCAGGUGGAGCGGAUGACUCAGACGGAGGACUACGAGGGCUACGUGAACGCAGAAUGGACAGCGGACGUGAAUCCCCUGUGUGAAGGUUUAUACGCUGCAGCUAAACGCCUCCUGGGUUCUGGACACCUAGACUUCCCUUUGAGCGGCCCACAGGGCCAGGACUGGAGGAGCCACUUCAAAAGCGUGCACGGCAUCUUUGACGACGACCCGGAGGAGGAGAGGAAGGUGCUGACGCAGGAGGCGAACGCGCUGAUCGAAGCGGCCGGGGCUCGGCUUCCGGAGAGACCCGCGCGUCUGGGGGAAUACCUAGAGAUCGGGAAGGAGUUCGCCCUCAGCGGUGCUUUCGGCCCAAACGUACCGGAGCCCCUCCGGGAUCAGAUGAGAGUCGCCUUCCAGCGGUGCUGGCGGGAGAUGGUGCAGGACAAGUAUGCGGAGUUCAUCAGGGAGAGGCUGACUGAGGACUUCAACCGCUGCACGGUUGAGCUUUUUAUCAAGGAGAUUGUGGAGUUCACAAAAGAAUACCUCGAGAUAGGAAAGAUCCAGUUCUCAGAGAAUGAUCUAAAAGUUGUUACAAACAACCUGAGUGAUGCUGAAUAAAUGA